AGGGCCAUGAAGCUGCAGGCUGUGAUGGAGACACUCCUGCAGCGGCAGCAGCGGGCACGCCAGGAGCUGGAGGCCCGGCAGCCACUGCUGCCCGAGCCCCCUGCUGGUCCCCCGGCCCUCUCCAGAGCUGCCUUGGAUGAGGACAGAGACCCCGAGAACACCCGAAUGCAGCAGGCACAGAUGGCUGCUCUGGCAGCCAUGCGGGCUGCUGCUGCUGGCCUUGGAUCUGCACCCAGCCCAGGUGGCUCUGAGGACAGGCCCCCCAGCUCGGAGGAUGAGGACACUGCCCAGGAGGGGCAACCAGGCUCACCUGACAGAGGCAGGGAGGCACCAGGACAUGCUGAAGGCGACGGGCACUUUGAAGAUGUAGGCUCUGAUGAUGACCUGAAGCCAAAAUGGGAAGAGGAGGAAGAGGAGGAAGAAGAGCUGGAGGAAGACUUGGGGGAUGAGGAUGAGGAGGAUGAUGAGGAAGACUAUGAGGAUGAGGAGGGGCUCGGGCCCCCAGGCUCUGCUGGCCUGGGCCCUGCUGCCCUGUUCACCCACAAGGCCCAGCUACCCCAGGCCUUCCGUGGCGGUGAUGGUGGGCCCCGGGUGCUGGGUGGCCAGGAGCGCCCAGGGGCUGGCCCAGCCCACGCUGGAGGGGCUGCCCACGUGGUACCUCAGCUGCAGCCUCCUGACCAUGGGGACUGGACGUAUGAGGAGCAGUUCAAGCAGCUCUAUGAACUGGACGGGGACCCCAAGAGGAAGGAGUUCCUGGAUGACUUGUUUAGCUUCAUGCAGAAGCGAGGGACACCGGUGAACCGGAUCCCCAUCAUGGCCAAGCAGGUGCUUGACCUGUUCAUGCUGUAUGUGCUGGUGACGGAGAAGGGCGGCCUGGUGGAGGUCAUCAAUAAGAAGCUAUGGCGUGAGAUCACCAAGGGCCUCAACCUGCCUACAUCCAUUACCAGUGCCGCCUUCACCUUGCGGACCCAGUACAUGAAGUACCUGUACCCGUACGAGUGUGAGAAACGCGGCCUCAGCAACCCCAACGAGCUCCAGGCGGCCAUUGAUAGCAACCGGCGGGAGGGCCGGCGCCAGAGCUUCGGGGGCUCCCUCUUUGCCUACUCACCAGGCGGUGCCCACAGCAUGCUCUCCUCACCCAAGCUGCCCGUGUCCUCCCUGGGCCUGGCCACCAGCACCAACGGUAGCUCCAUUGCCCCAGCUCCCAAGAUCAAGAAAGAGGAAGAUUCGGCCAUCCCCAUCACGGUCCCUGGCCGCCUGCCAGUCUCCCUGGCAGGCCACCCCGUGGUAGCAGCCCAGGCAGUAGCAGUGCAAGCGGCAGCAGCCCAGGCAGCCGUGGCAGCACAAGCAGCUGCCCUGGAGCAGCUUCGGGAGAAGCUGGAGUCUGGGGAGCCUCCGGAAAAGAAGAUGGCCCUGGUGGCAGAUGAGCAGCAACGGCUCAUGCAGCGAGCGCUACAGCAGAACUUCCUGGCUAUGACAGCCCAGCUGCCCAUGAGCAUUCGUAUCAACAGCCAAGCCUCCGAGAGCCGCCAGGACUCAGCUGCAAACUUGACCAGCACCAAUGGCAGCAAUAGUAUUAGCAUGUCAGUGGAGAUUAACGGAAUUAUGUAUACAGGAGUGCUGUUUGCUCAGCCACCAGCCCCCACGCCACCCUCAGCUCCCAGCAAAGGCGGUGGUGGCAGCAGCCGGGGAGGAAACAGUGGGACCAGCAGCAGCGUGGGCAGCCAGGCCGGGCCAGCGGGGUUAUCCGCACCCCCUACGUCUUCUACCUCAAAUAAUUCAUUGCCUUAAUCGCACCACUCCCCACCUGCCGCCCCCACCCCAGGAGCUGGGCAGACUGGGUAGGGUGUUGAAAGGUGGGCCAAGCAGGGCCAGGGUGGUGGAAGAUACGGGUGGGGAGGGGAGAUAUCCACAAAGGAGCCACAGCUAACACCAAAAAA